CCCCCCCGCGCACGGGUUGCCUAGCGACCGGGGGACUCCAGCGGCGGUGCGGUCCGGCCGGGAGUGAGCGAUCCCCUGGGGGAGCGCGCGUCGAUAGCGCCCUUCCCUCGGCAGGAGGCUGCACGGAUCUGCGAGCCCUUUCCCAAAGUCUUCCGUGGACUGCGGAGCUACAGUCUGAUCUCUGCCUCAGCUGCUGCUUAGGAGCCGGGAGCUCUGACCCCACCGACUGGGAGCCCCUUUCCUCCCCCCCCCGGGUGUGCUCGUGCCCCUGGGUGCUUGACAGCCUCCCUGGGACAGGGCCAGCCCUGCUGACAGCCCCGUGUCCUGGUUCUGUGCCCAGAGCCGGGAGAACCCCGUGUCAUCUGAACUCCACAAACACCCCAAUGGCACUGUUUUUCUCUAAUACUCUCAUCACAUUUUCCUUUUAGAGAUAAAAUCUACAAAAGAGGAAUUUGCACCAGAAGCAAAGACCUCCACGGUCUUUGAUUGAGGGCCUUGCCCUGUGUAGGAGAUGCUCUGUCCCUUUUAGACCUCAAAACACUCGACUCCCAAGAGUUUAAUGGGAGCUGUGGCAACAGGGAGUCCAGCUGUGCUCCAAGAAUCAGCGCAGGACACGAAGGAAAGAAACACGUUCCUGAUAAUGGGCACAGCAGUUCCAAAGAAGGCAAUGAUCACAGGAGAUGGCGCGAAGAUGUUAGAUCCGCGUUGGCUGAAACCUAAUAGCAUUGAGACCGAAAGAAUCCUAUCUGUCUUGGAUGAGACGAUUGCCAAGUUGGAGCUGAGCUGCUUGAUCCCACGUAUUAUCGGCUCUCUGGACAGGUUUGCUGAUCUGCUGGGACCUGAGAUCACAAGCAGCCUGAUGGAGUACGGGGAGCUUUCCAACCAAAUGGAGCACCUGCUUGUCACUCCUGAAGAAGAGGACACCACAGAAGCAGAAGAACAAAGGGGCUCUCUCCACUUGCUGGAACAACAUCUGAAAUGUUCUGUUAGAAAUAUCCUGAGACUCUUGUUGGCCAUCCCUUCACUUUGUAAGGCUCUGAAGUAUGAAGCUUGGGCAAGAGAGCCAGCAGCCGAAGCAUUUAUCAAAGCCUUUGGGGAGUUCAGGAAUUUUAUGCUUGAGCGACUCCUGACUAGUCCCACGGAAGAGGAAAAAACAGUUCAGCUCACGGAAGACAUCUCCCUCCGGAUCAGCAAGAACACUGAAACAAUCACAGCUUUACAGGCAGAACUGGAGGCAGCAAUCAGGACCCGAGAUGAGGAGAUUCUGAACAAGGACAAUAUGAUCAAAGAUCUCAAAAACAGCAUGCAAGUUCUUGAUGAAUGCUGCAAGGCCAAUAUACUGCAGGCCAAGUGGGAAGGUGAAAAACGGCAAAAAGAGGAGCUGCGAGCUUCCCAGGCCAGGUGUGCCAGGCUACAGCAGGACAUUCAGCAGCUGGAAGCACAGCUCAAUAAGCUGGUGCUGGAGCAUCGAGCAUCAGAGUUGGCUCUCAGAAAGAGAAAGUGCAGAGUGGAAACAGAAAUUUUGAACUGGGUCCAGACAUAUGACGCAGACAUGGCAGAAAAACAGGCUGAGUUUGAGAAGGUUCAUGCUGCCUAUACCAAGGAGAAGGCCGAGCUGUCCCUGCUGAUGGAGAAACAUGCUGUGCUUCUCCAAGAGUAUUCCCAGAUUCAGGAGGAGCGCAGGAUAUAUGAGGAGAAGAAGCAGCAGGCUUUGGAGAAAUUGGCUAUCAUGACCCUCGCUGCCACCCGCAUCCAGGCCUUCUGGAGAGGCUACUUGAUCCGGUCUACCUUCAAGCCGAAAAAGAAGAAGAAGAAGGGCAAGGGCAAAGGCAAGGGCAAAGACAAGAAGGAAAAGAAAUAAUCACAAAAUCUAUUUUCUCUCCUCUCAAGGUAGCUGGCUCCUCUGAAACAGAGCAUUUCCAGAUAAAAGCGUUAGGGUUGAGAUAGCGUUUUCAUUAAGGCCCAAACUGUCCAGAGCUGGAGUUACCUCUCGUAGUUUGAGUACAACAAAGUAUUGGCAUGAAGACAUGUCUCACUGUUUUACGUUUAGCUUUCCUAGCUCUAAAAGAUGGAGGAGGUCUCCUGGGGAAGGGACUGGGCCAGGAGUACCGAACACUGGCUUCUCUCCAAUUCUUUUGUUACUGAAGGUGGGAAUAAAAUCAUUCCUAAGGGGAGGAUGAGGCUCUUCA